AUGAACUUCCUUUACAUUUAUUAUACUACUUGUUAGGGAUGCGUUUCCAUUUUUUUUCAUUUCCACCUGUAGCAGGGAUUGAAGAUUGUUCCAAUCAACUCAAACAAAUUCCACGAAAACUGCGAUCGUGUCAAACUCGGAAACUUGGAUUGAACUCUGACUGAAGUUUCGGAGGAAGAGGAGCACCAAUCGAUCAGUUCAAGGAUCGAGACUUGGCUUGAUGUGAGGAAAACCCGCGAGACGCGAGUGCUUCCUCUGACCAUUGUCAUGGGCACCAUCUCCUCGCCGUGCGGGUAAGCUUCAGUGGAGGAACAACACAUUAUGAGACGCCAUGGCAUGGUGUGAUCGAAGGGUUCAGACUUUGCUGGCCGUUGUGGGGGCCUUCGUCGCCUUUAGUCUCAUGACCAUCGCCAUCGGCACCGACUACUGGCUUUACUCCCGGGCGUACAUCUGCAACGCCACUAAUGCCUCCGCGGACGACUCCCAGAUGCAACCCAAGAAAGUCAAAGGCGACCUGACGCACUCCGGGCUGUGGAGGAUCUGCUGUAUCGAAGGUAUAAACCAAGGAAGCUGUUUUCGGAUCAAUCAUUUUCCAGAGGAUAAUGACUACGAUACAGACAGCUCAGAGUACAUCUUACGUGUAGUGCGUGCAUCAAGUCUAUUCUCCAUUCUCAGCACCGUUCUGCUGAUGUUGGGUGGCUUGUGUGUUGGGGUUGGACGCAUCUACAACAAGAAGAAUAACAUUCUGCUCAGUGCUGGCAUCCUGUUUGUGGCUGCAGGCUUGAGCAACAUCAUCGGAAUCAUUGUCUACAUCUCUAGCAAUGCCGGAGAUCCCAGUGAUAAGAAAGACGAGGACAAGAAGAACCACUACAACUACGGCUGGUCCUUUUACUUUGGCGCUCUCUCCUUCAUCGUGGCUGAAUCAGUGGGUGUUCUCGCAGUCAACAUAUAUAUCGAGAAAAACAAAGAGACACGCUUCCUAGCCCGAAGUGACUUCAUGAAAACCACCUCCUCAUCUUCGCCUUACUCUCGCAUCCCAAGUUACCGUUACAGACAAAGGUGCUCACGCUCCAGUUCGAGAUCGAGUGAUCCAUCCCGCGAGCCCUCCCCAGUGGGGAGGAAGAUCGGUGGAGGAAGUGGCGGAGGAGGGUUAGGGAUGGGCUUGCCAAUGGGGGAUAUAUCCCUAUACACUCUUAGUAGGGACCCUCUGAAGGGCGGAAGUGUGACUGCAGGGCCUUACAGUCCAGAGAGGGACUCUGGGUUUUUACAAGUCCACAACUGCUUCCAGAAAGAUAUGAAAGAUGGAGUGAACAGGAGGACCACGCCGGUAUGAGGCCAAAAGUGUAUUACUGUGUAAAACAUUAAACUUAAUGGAACACAAUAGAAAUUAUACAGUUGAUAAGAAAGGACGAUUCUUCCCCAGGGUUUUUCAGACAGCAGCGGAGUUGAAAGGUCUGAGCUUAAAAUAGUUUUUCCUUUGUGUCCCCCUGUGACAGAAAAGUGCAAAUCUGUGUUUCAUUUGGAGGAAGAGCAAAGGGGAAUUCAAAACAACGUUUCAUCACAUGACUCAGUAUCUUUGAGGGAAAUGCAGACAUUGUUUAGCAUUUGAGGAGUUGAAUUUGAAAUUGUGACACCCACUAUUUGUGAGUGAUUCAAGCUACAAGCUGAAAUGUGUCAUACAUGUUCUGGUAUUCUUUAAAGGAUACUUGCCUAAUAAAAGAAUUAAGCUUUUAUAGACUUGAUGCACAAUAUGAUUAUGUAAUUAUUUUUUCCUGCUAAAAUAGAUAGUGUAGUAUUAUAGAAAUGUUUCUU